CAUCAACACGAUUGCAUAUUCGGAUUUACAAGUUUACAUGUCUGGAUUUUUUUAACACAAUUACCUUCCAUAGAAAUCGGCUAGAUGUUGAAAAUACGAAGUUCCAGCGAUAAUAAGAUGGAAUCAGUCUAAAAUGCUAAGAGUUUUCCGUAUCCGCCUUUGAUACUCCUAGUUACAGUUCCAUUUAAACUGGGUUACGUCUUAAGUCACCCCGAGUGCAGCCGGAAUACGACCAACAUUUACUUACGGGAAGUACUUGUUAUUCAUAAUGUAAUAUGACAAAAACCGGAUAUUUUGUCAAAUGAGACCUAGCUUGGUCAGCAGAUAAGGUACAUAAUUAUGUAGGUGAACAGUGCAGGACAGUUGUUUUCCCAAUUACUUUACAAAUCCCGCAUACCUAUAUUUCAUACAAGUCUUUUCAGAUCACAUGUUUGUGAGCGUAACAAUACAAAUGACAAAUUCUUUGAGGUAAGAUUUAAAUUUAUUGAUAUAAAGUUUGUCAAGAAGUUGGUUUGUACAAUGUACAUGUAUUUUUAUGAAAAACUAAUGUUGACAAGUUUUAGUAGUGAUCAAUCAAACUUCGUUUUUUUUUUAAAAUUAAUGCAUGUACUUCAAUGUUCGACUAAUCUUUUUCUAUUUAUUUUUCAAAGCAAAUGUGUCAAAAAACGUGCUUAUGAGAAGAAAAAAGAUCCAUUUUACAAGAAUUCAGCGAUGAAAAAUUAGACGACAUAAUUUUGUUAUUUCUGAGAUAAUCUCGUACUAUUACUUUCCAAUGUAGAAUUUUUUUUAUCCUUUUAAUUAAUUGAUGUUUGUGGGAAAGAACACUAUUAAAUGUAAAUACUAGUGUAUAUUCUAGACCAUCGAUAUUCACAAUUAGGUAAUGCAUUUCACCCUAUGAUCCUCAAAUUAUGAAGUAGUACUUUAGCUGCUAGUAUAGUUUUAUUCGUGUUUCUUGUAGAAUAUUUAACUUAGAAUAUGGUUCAAUUUCAGAUUUUAAAGUUGUCAGAAGGCCUUUUAAAUUUAUUGACCGCUAAAGAAAAUGGGGAACGUCUUUGGAAAAAAAAUCGAAACGGAUCCAGGAGAUAUUCAAUACAAAGAAAUUUUGGAGGCUAGAAAGCGUUAUCUUGACGAACAGUUCAUACAAGAUGUCGAAGACGAACUAGAAAAAGAGACACCUGAUGACACUGGAAACACAGGUGUCAAUCGCAAAUCGCCAUCUAUUUUAAACGAGAUUGAAAUAAAAGCCAUGAGUAUUAAUCCUAAAGACCAUAGUUACCCUUUUGAGAACCUUGUUUUUGAAGGAGGUGGUGCCAAGGGAUAUGCGUACUCAGGCGCUAUCAAGGCUUUGGAGGAACUUGGACUAGUCAGUCAGAUCAGAAGAUUUGCUGGAGUUAGCGCAGGCGCAAUGACAGCUUCCCUUUUGGCCGUGGGAUACGAUUUGGAAGAAUUCCAAGACAUAAUGGGUCAAGAUUUGUCUUCAAUAGUAUUAGAUGCCAAGUGUGGAAUACUUAGUCUUCUGCCGAAUCUACUGACUGGAUACGGAUGGAAUCCUGGUAAUAGAUUCUACAACUGGUUCGGGGAACUGUUGGAAAAAAAGAUGGGCAACAAAGACGUAACUUUUGACGAGCAUUAUAGAAAGACUGGGCUAGAGCUUUGUAUCAUUGUGACUAAUGUUAACCUUAUGAGAGAGGAAUAUUGUCACGUAAAGACUACACCGUCUAUGUCCAUCAGAACUGCCGUACGGAUGUCUAUUGCACUACCAGGUCUCUUUCAACCAACACAUUACACAUGUAACGGAGAAACAAAUACCUAUGUAGACGGCGGAUUAAUUUGUAACUAUCCCAUCCACUGCUUCGACGGAUGGUGGCUCUCGAUGGAUUCAAAAGAUAGUUUUUUAGAAAAACUCAAAGCAUUAGAUGAUCUACAAAACUUAUUAGACCAACGGCAAAGGUUUGCCCUUGACCAGAAAGACCAAGCAAAGACGUUGGGCUUUGUUCUGUACGCCGACUCUGAGACAGAUAUGUUCCGAUUUAUGUGUGAGAAGAGAAUAGGUGUUCAACUUGAUCCAAUUCCCAACACUAAACUAGGAAGGAUAAAACUAAAACAAAAAAAGGAUCAAGAAAAGGCUAAGAGAGAAGACAGACGAGUUGUAAUGGCAGUGGAUGAGUUUUUGAAAGUUUUGAAGAAACACAAUUUGGAUAAAAACCACACCAUUAACAGGACAGAGCUAGAAGCUGCUUUUAAAUCUGAGGAAUUUUCUACGACGAGCUGUGAAAUUCUUUUUGGAAAAGAUUGCACAGUUCAGAAUGCCUUUGAUCUUCUGGACAAAGAAAAAUCUGGCGAGAUAGACUUUCGGGAGUUAUUAAACUUUAUGCAUGGCACAGGUGUACAACUAAUUGAGCGUUUUCUUGGCUACCAGAGGAAAAACGUUGAUGGAUUUUUUGACUUCUUUAGAACGAUUCAAAGCGCCUUCAAAACAAACGUUCAACGGGCAUUUGUCAGUCCUCAAGACUUGGAUAGAACUGUUGGCAUUAAUACUGGCCACGUGGGACUCACUGAUUUUAAAUUGGAAGAAGAAGAUAUGAGAUUUGUGAUUGAUAAGUCCGUGCAAUCUGAAUGCCUCGAUUGGAAAGCACCAGACCCUAACUUGCUCAAUUGCAAGGUUACAAAUCGACAAUGACUUUUUUGAAAUACUUUGCCGCCAAAGAAGAACUUCUGAAGAAUGCUGACGAAUCACUUCAAAAACGAAUCCAGUCUAAAUCUAGCACUUUGGAAUAUGAAGUCAAAGAUUAGGAUGAAAUUGAAAACGACACACAUGAUGACUUCAUUAAGGGAACCGAGUUAGAUGCUAUUGAUGGUACCGUUGCUAACGCUAGUAAUAUAGGUCCUAAUAGUGUGUAUCAUUUGACUGGCUUAUUUUUACCCAAAAGAGAUUUUUGGUUUCGGAUGACGUUUACUCAUUUAGAAAAGUUCGCUAUUUAGAUAAUUAUUUCAAUAUCUACCCAAUUUAUACGGGUAUGAUUUUUUUCUGGUUAUAUUACCUUAUUUGACUGGCUUAAGAUAUGCAUUUAUAUCGCAUAACAAAACUUUUAACUACUUCACAAUAAGACACUCCUGAACCCCUGUUCCAGGGGCCAUGAAUUUAGGUAGAUAGCUUCAUGGAUAACAUAACCAUGCUUUAAGUGUUUCCCUAACAUGUGUUGGAGUAGAGAAGAAGAUUAUUUGAAACUUGACCUUUUUAUGCCUAUUUGGUCCCGUCUAUGAAGCGCGGGGGUAGUAAAGCCAUGAUUUUAACAAUUAAGAUUUCUCUUAACAUAAAAAUACUUCCCACCAAAAUGGCAUCAAUUGGCGUUGUAGUUUUGAAGAAAUUAAAACUGUAAAAUUGUUAACAAAAGACGCACGACGAUAGACGAAGACCAACUUGAAUAGAUAACAUGAGUGACUUAGACGACAUAAAAAAAACUAGAUUUAAUAAACAUUAAUAAUCUUUGAAAAUCUAAUUGAGAGAAAAAACCAUAAGCAUGAAAUGUAUAAUGUCGAUCUAACAUAAUAGCAUAAAAUGUGUGCAGUUAAUUGUUGAACUGUCUAUUCAUUGUGUUCAAAUCUCUAUUAUUAAACAAAUAUUUAUAUCGCAAAAUUGUGCAUUAUCUCUUAAUGUAAUUGAAAAUCAAACUUCCUCUUUAUUAAUGGGGAUGUUUGGCAAUCUUAUAUGUACACAUUUGAAUAAAAAUGUAACAUUUC